AUGCCGAAACUAUCCAUUUGCAUUUGCUUUACCUUUCUGUUAUUAUUGACGGAUGCUGCAAUACAACCAAUGCUUGUCUUGCAGCACAUUCGUCAACAGGUCCAAAUUCGACAAGAUCCGAUAAUAAACGGAGUGGUGGGAGGUGUCCUCUUUUGCGCUUCCGAUGUUCUAGCACAGAGACUGGAGCAUUGUGAGAAAAAGUCGAUCGCGAAACAUUUGCUUGCAACAGACAGGGCUUUUUAUCGGACUGUGGAUUGGAAACGCUCUUCAUCGGCAGGAAUGCUGGGUGCCUGUUUGAGUUGUGGACUCUAUCCAGCCGGCUAUGGUGUAAUCGACAAAAUGUGGAAGGGCAAGGAUUUGAUUUCAUCGGCUCAGAAAAGUGUGGUGGAAAUAUUUACCGUUGGGCUCGUUGCCAAUUCGCUCAGCAUGCUGGUUCGCGGACUUGCUCCUACUAGCCGUCCUGGGAGCAAUAAUUACUCUCCAGCUCAAGUCAUGAUGCACAUCAUUGAGGAACUUCCAAAAGUCACGAAAGAUGACUUCAAGUUUUGGUUUCCUUACAACAUGGCUGCAUUUACCUUUAUCCCGACUCCUGUACGACCGCUAACAACAAUGUUGAUGGAUAGCAUCUGGCAGACAUACAUGAGUUUGCGUUCAAAUAACUUCGAAAAUCAGACCCAAGGUGGUAUCAAAUUGGUUUAG